AUGAUUGCAAACAAUAAUUUCUAUGGAGAAUCUUCGUCCGAAGAAGAAAAAAUUGUUGAGACAAAAAUCAGGGAGCCUGAAAAUGAUAAAUUAACAUUUAAAAAGAGGAACAUUAAAAAAAUCAAUAAAAAGGGUAACAAUGAUAGUAGUGGAAAAAAUAUAUUUAAAGAUAUCGAGUUUGAAAGCAAACAAAAAAACUUAUUUAUAAAAAAAAGAAACUUUCAAAAUAUAAGUAAUGAAAGAAAAGAGACUCCUAAAAAGUUGAGUAAUAAAAAUAAUGAUAAAAAUGGAAGUAACAAAUAUGACAAUAGGAGAAUAGAAAAUUCGGAUAAAAGUGAUUUUAGCAAUUAUUCGUCUGAUUAUAAUAAAAAUGAUAGUCAAAGUGAUUCCGAUUAUAAUUUAAAACAUAAAAAUGGAAAGGGGUCUAGCGAUAGUAGUGAUACUUCAAGAAAUGGCAACAGACGAAAAAAUUAUGAGGAUAAUAACAGAUUAAAUAUGAAAAAAGGAUAUACAAAAAAAAAUAAAGAUAUAAGAAAAAAAGAAGAAAGAGAAUAUUAUAGGAAUAAUAAUGAUAGAAUUUUAGAUGAAAUAUGGUAUACUAAAGAAGAUGAUUUUGUUGAUUCGUUUUACAACGUUGAUGUAGAAAAUACAUAUCAUAAAGAGAAAAAAAUGCAAAAUAAUUUUAAAAAUAUAUUAAAUAGUCAAAGGGAAAAAGUUAAUCAAAAAAAUGUAGAUAAUAAUUUAUGGGAAUUAAACAAAUUAAAACAAGGGGGUGUUAAUUCAACAUAUAACAAGUUGCAACUCGAACGAAUUAAUGAAGCUAAUAAUACUAAUGAAGUUAAAAAAAUCGUUUUAAUUAGGCAAGUAACACCAUUUUUUAUUGACAAAAUGAAAAACUCAAAUGCAAAAAGUAACACUGAUAUGCGCAAAAAUGAUUCAAACAUAAAAGCAAUAGAUAAUCUUAAUAGUCAUCCAUUUGAUAAGAAAAAUAAUUCCACGUCUUACUUUAAUGUUGUUAAAGAUGAAACAUGUGAUUUUGUAAAAUCAGCAAAAAAAGGUAGCGAAUUUUUAAAAUAUUUUAAAACAGAAAGUGAGAAAUCAAAAGGACGAGAUAGAUACUGGGAAAUCGAAAGAAGCAAAUUAGGAGAACUAUUAAAAAUGCAUAGAGAUAAAAAUAACAAAGAAACUGAUUCAAAUACAGAUCAAUAUGAUAUGAGCAUGAGAUUAGAUAAAGUAGAUGCAGAAGAUGAAGAAAAUAGACAUAAAGAAGAUGUUUUUGAUUAUAAAAAAGAUAAAAUGUAUAGUAUUAAUUUUGAUAUAAAAAAUAAUAAAAAAAAUACAUUAAAAGAUAAAGAAGAUUUAUUAAAAUUGAAAGAAUCAUUACCCAUUUAUAAAUCGAAACAAGAAUUAUUAGAUGCAGUAUAUAAUAACAAUAUUAUAAUAAUUGUUGGAGAAACAGGUUCAGGAAAAACAACACAAAUUGUUCAAUAUCUAUAUGAAGCAGGAUAUCAUAAAAAUGGAAUUAUUUGUUGUACACAACCAAGAAGAGUUGCAGCAGUUUCCGUUGCCUAUCGUGUAUCAUAUGAAAUGAAUGUUGAAAUAGGUUCUUUAGUUGGGUAUACAAUUCGAUUUGAAGAUAACACAAGUAAACAAACAAAAAUAAGAUAUGUUACAGAUGGUAUAUUAUUAAGGGAAACUUUAAAUGAUCAAGAUUUAGAUAAAUAUAGUGUUAUUAUUAUGGAUGAGGCACAUGAAAGAUCUAUCAAUACAGAUGUUUUGUUAGGUAUAUUAAAAAAUAUAUGUUUAAAAAGAAAUGAUUUAAAAUUAUUAGUUACAUCUGCAACUAUAGAUUCAAAAAAAUUUUCAGAAUUUUUUGGAAAUGCUCCAAUUUAUAAUAUUCAAGGAAGAACAUUCAAAGUACAUUUAGAAUACUUGAGAACUCCUUGUAAUGAUUAUAUUGAAUGUGCUGUUCAAAAAGCUAUUGAAAUUCAUUUUUCUGAUAAUAGUUACGAUCAAAAUUUUGGGGAUAUCUUAAUUUUUAUGACAGGUCAAGAUGACAUUAAUGCGACCUGUUAUCUAUUAAGUGAGCGUUUCUAUGAAGUAUAUGAAUCAUACAAAGAAUCGAAUAGUAAUAAGAAAGAAACAAUAAAUAAAAUAAAAAGUAUAAUUAAUAACAAAAAGGAUAACAAUAUUAAUGACGACAAAAAUACAAGUAAUAACAAUGGACAAUUAGAUUUGGAAAAGUACGAAUCUAAUAAAGAUCAUGAUACACAUGAUAAAAUUGAUGUAUCUAGCCAUAUAUCUCCAUUUUAUAUUUUCCCUAUAUAUUCACAAUUAUCUAGUGAACAACAGAGUAAAAUAUUUCAAAAAUAUGAUCUCAGAAAAAUAAUAGUUUCAACUAAUAUAGCUGAAACAUCAUUAACAUUAGAUGGUAUAAAAUAUGUAAUAGAUACAGGAUAUUGUAAACUUAAAGUUUAUAAUCAAAAAAUCGGGAUGGAUGUUUUACAAAUAACUCCAAUUUCUCAAGCAAAUGCUAAUCAGCGAUCAGGAAGAGCAGGAAGAACAGGAGCUGGAAUUUGUUAUCGUUUAUAUACAGAAAAUACAUUUUUAUGUGAUUUAUAUCCAAAUAAUAUUCCCGAAAUACAAAGAAGUAAUUUAUCAAAUGUAGUAUUAUUAUUAAAAUCAUUAAAUGUUGAAAAUAUAUUUGAUUUUGAUUUCAUUGAUGCACCAAGUAAAGAAAGUAUUAUAAAUUCUUUACAUGAAUUGUGGGUAUUAGGUGCUAUAAAUAAUGAAGGCAAUUUAACUGAAACGGGGCAAAAAAUGAUACUUUUUCCUUUAGACCCUCCUUUAUCAAAAAUUAUUAUAUAUAGUGAAAAAUUUGCAUGUACUAAAGAAGUAUUAAUUAUAGUUAGUAUGCUUUCUUCACCAUCUAUUUUUAUAGAAACAAAAGAAAAUACUGAAACGGUUGAGUCAAAAAAAGAAAAAUUUGCAGUACCAGAAAGUGAUCAUUUAACAUUAUUAAAUAUAUAUCUACAAUGGCGGGUUCAUGAUUAUUCUUAUACUUGGUGUAAUAAAAAUUUUAUUCAAUAUAAAUCUUUAAAUAAAGCAAAAGAAGUAUAUUCCCAAUUAAGCGAUAUUAUUAAAUCUUUACGCAUUAAAAAUGUUUCAUGUAACAAUAAAUGGGACUUAGUAAGAAAAACUAUUUGUUCUGGAUAUUUUCAUAAUGCUGCUAAGUUAAAAUCUUUUUCAGAGUAUAUAAAUUUAACAACUAAUGUAGCUUGUCAUGUCCAUCCAAAUUCUUCUUUAUAUAAUAUUGGCUAUACACCUGACUAUGUCAUAUAUCAAGAAAUUGUUUUUACUACAAAGGAAUACAUGCGAAAUGUCACUACAGUAGACCCUGAGUGGCUUUGUGAAUUGGGUCCCCUCUUUUUUUACAUGAAAAAUGGCUAA